AUGUUUAUUUUCCGUACUCUCGCCGCUGUUAUACUAACUUGUAAGUAAUAAUUUUAUCUGGCUUCUCCAAGCUAACACUAAUCAAUCAGCAUCUGCAAUAUCCGCUCAACAAGUCUCCCACUGCUCAGAUGAUGUAUGCUUCGCCGUCAAUGUGCCAGCCGCGGCUGCUUCAAGUGGCUCAGGAGACAUAUAUAUUCAGAUGAGUGGACCGAAUACAAUGUCUUGGGUAGGCAUUGGACAAGGUUCUGCUAUGAGAGGCUCAAAUAUCUUUGUCAUGUAUGCAGAUUCGACUGGGAACAAUGUCACACUCAGUCCUCGGCGAGGUGUUGGAACUGUUCAACCAAACUUUGACGCAUCUACUCAGGUCACUCUACUUGAUGGAUCCGGAAUAAUAAAUGGACGAAUGGUAGCUAAUUUUAGAUGUAAGUUCGUGGUCACGACUAUUAGUCAUUCAUUCUAACAAUUCGAGCAGGCUCGAAUUGUGAUAGCUGGAGUGGUGGAUCAAUGAGCUUUAUCGAUGAUUCUUCUGAAUGGAUUUGGGCGCAUAGAACCGGCCCUGCAUUGUCAUCCGACAGUGUUGAUGCAAAUAUUGGGUUUCACGACGGAUAUGGAUUAGCAAGUUUGAACUUACAGACGGCUGCAGGCGGAGAAAGCGCGAAUCCAUUUUUGACGGCUGAAGCCGCUUCUACACCUACCCAAACACCAGUUGGAUCUGGUCAAGCCGCCACUGGACUUUCUGAUUAUACAAAAGUGCUCAUCGCACAUGGCGUCCUGGGUUCCCUUGCAUUCGUGAUUUUAUUUCCUUCAGGUGCAAUAGGGAUCCGAAUCUGCAAUUUCCGUAAUUUACUAUGGCUCCAUGCCGGGUGGAUGAUCGGCGCUUACAUGAUUGUACUCACAUCACUCGGAAUGGGUUUAUGGUUGGCCAAUAGACGUCAACUCCUUGGCUCGGCCCAUGCAACCAUAGGUCUUAUUGUUACUGGAUGUUUGUUACUUCAACCCAUCUCCGGAUUGACCCACCACAUGCUCUACAAGCGUCACGGUGGUCCAAAUGUUGGAACUUAUCCUCAUGUAUGGUGGGGUCGUGCGAUUAUUACUCUUGGUAUCAUCAAUGGUGGUUUAGGUCUGAGGUUAGCGGGUAACAGUAAAAAGGGCGAGAUCGCCUAUGGAGUAAUAGCAGGUUUUAUGUGGGUUUUAUGGAUGGCGGUCAUUCUUCUCGCAACAAUUAAAAGCAGAAGUCGCCGUGGUGAUGGUAUGGAUAGGCACGGGAACUCGGUGAUGAGGGAGAAGUCCAGCACGGAAGCAUCGUACUUUCAUGAUCAAACAACAUCCCGUCAGUCUAGCAGCCUACCGAUUUCUCAUCAUGCCUAG